UCUAAUUUCCCUUCCAGUUUCCGUGCGCUCUCGUGCGCCUUCUUCUGAAACCUCUGACUUCCCACUUGAUUUUUUUUGGAGAGAAAUCAAACAAUGGAGUUCCCCACUCUUCUCCCCGACGACCUGGGGGUUUUCAGCGAGCGCUACCCGGUGUCAGGAACUCCUGUCAAUGUCACAUUCUCCGAGGAGCUGCUGCUGCUGCCUGCCGGGAGCAACCGGACCAACGGGGCUGCAGCCAGGGACACCUCAAGUCUCGUCAUCGCCGUGUGCAUCACGUCUCUGUACUCCCUCAUCUGUGUGGUGGGACUGCUGGGGAACGUGCUCGUAAUGUACGGGGUGGUCAGGUACACCAAGAUGAAGACGGCGACCAACAUCUACAUCUUCAACCUGGCUCUCGCCGAUGCCCUCGCCACCAGCACGCUCCCCUUCCAGAGCGCCAAGUACCUGAUGAGCACGUGGCCCUUCGGGGAGCUGCUGUGCAAAGUGGUCAUCGCCAUCGACUACUACAACAUGUUCACCAGCAUCUUCACGCUCACCAUGAUGAGCGUGGACCGCUACAUCGCUGUUUGUCAUCCGGUGAGGGCCCUGGACUUCCGCACGCCCGCCAAGGCCAAGCUUAUCAACGUCUGCAUCUGGAUCCUGUCCUCUUUCGUCGGAGUGCCUGUGAUGAUCGCUGCUGUUACCAAGGUGACGGAUAAAGGAACCACCGCCUGCACACUCAGAUUUCCCAAACCUGAGUGGUACUGGGACACAGUGAUGAAAAUCUGCGUGUUCAUUUUCGCCUUCGUUGUACCCGUCCUGGUCAUCACCAUCUGCUACGGCCUAAUGAUCCUGCGGCUCAAGAGUGUCCGCCUCCUCUCUGGCUCCAAAGAGAAAGACAGGAACAUGCGGCGGAUCACCCGCAUGGUCCUGGUGGUCGUGGCGGCCUUCAUCAUCUGCUGGACCCCCAUCCACAUCUUCAUCAUUGUCAAGACAAUGGUGGAUAUUGACCACAAGGACCUCCUGGUAGUGGCCAGCUGGCAUCUGUGCAUCGCUCUGGGCUACACCAACAGCAGCCUCAACCCCGUGCUGUACGCCUUCUUGGACGAAAACUUCAAGAGGUGCUUCAGGGACUUCUGCCUGCCCUAUCGCGCCCGUCUGGAGCAGAGCAGCUUCACUAGAGUGCGCAACAGCACGCGGGAGCCUGCCUCCAUUUGUGCUCCCACGGUGACAGAGAGACCGGAGGCCUGACUAGGCGUGGGUCAGUUGGCGGGGGGGACAGUUCAUGAUGACCUCCAGACUGAGGUCACACAGAUUUCCACUACAGGAGUAUGAGUCUGCAGACAUAUACAGCAGGCCUGAGGACGAAUUAUUGAUUGUGUGUUUGAAUUCACGUAAUGAAACGCCCGUGUCCAAUAUGCAUUCAUGAGACAUAAUCCCUAAUGGAUUGGCUUUCAGGAUGAUCACAAACAUGCCUGUGUGGGCCUGCGCACAAGGAAAUGGAUACGAAUGUAAAUACACAAUCUAAGAGUGUGUAGAAAGCGCGCAUACACACACACACACACACACACACAGUAGUUGGAGUUAAACAUUCAUUACUAAUUUUGCUUUAUUUUGGUCCAAUAAUGACUAAAUACGAAGCUAAAGGUUCAGUGUGAAGAAGGUGGAUUCCCAAUGGUGACACUGCAGAGUUCAAAUAACUGAGUAUCCCUCCACUACCUCACCACCUCCCAUUAGCAGUGUGAAGGAGAACCUACAGAGACCAUCAGCUAACAUACAGUAAGUACAUAAAAGACCCUCUCUAGAGCCAGUGUUUGGUUUGUCCAUUCUGGGAUACAGUAGAAACAGGGCGGUGCCAACUCUGUGGAAGGGACUCGCUCCUGACGUAGAUAUGAAGGCCUCAUUCUACCAAAACGAACACACGCAAACAGUGGCCUGUGAUUGGUUGAGUCAGUCACCUGACCUCGGUCCCACAGAUCAUGUUUUUCACUUGAUGGAGACCUGAAUGACUGAGAAAACUCCGCUGUCACAGCAGGAGGUGAGAAUGGCUGCAGUAUGGGACGGGCAGAGCAUCAACACCAGAGUUACAGCUAAAUAUCAUACAUAAUAACGUUAUUUAUGUUUAAGUGAGCAGGUGAAAUAGUGUUUAUUCCCUAAGGUUGACGGACUGGACGAUGCAGUGGGUUUUUUGGAGCCUGUUUGAAAACAUCUAACGGCUGAAAACUACAUUACUAGAGGAGCAGAUUAACCAAAACAGUGACGUUUCAGCCCCCCCACCCGCCAAACAAAUCAAUUAGCUUAAAGACACUUUAAUGCCCCACAGAGCGGAGUCUAGAGAUAAUAUGGGUUUAUUAUUAAAAAGCAGCUUCUUUCAAAUUACUCACCAUUGCUGAAUCCAUUGUUCAUAAACAGUAAAAUGCUUUUAUAGCUACUUUAAAGUUGAAUUUGAUUUGGGACUUAAACCUCAAAGUGUUUAAUUUCUCAUCCAGUGCACUGUAGAGUACAGAGGCAACACAAUGAAAUAUGCAUAUCUGUCCUAAUUCUUUUCUGGCUGUAUUUUGUGAAUGGUAAUAGUAUUGUUACAGUAGUACAGACAAAGGGCGUGCACAUAAUUAACAGUUUUUGUUCCAGAUCUGUCUCUGAGGUCAGAUUCUAUAUGAACACAAAGACAUUUUUACAUUUUGCUACAUUGUGAAAGUAGCUUGUAAAAGAUGACUGGCACUUCCAGUGUAUCACUUCUCUGGCAGUUUGGCUGCUCUGUUUUUUUUAGUUUUUUUUUGCACAAUCAAACAUUCAAAUGACAGAGGAACAGACACAGUAGUUUCAACGUAUAGUGACAUGACCCCACACUGGCAUGGAGGCCGGCCCAAAUUGGAUCAGAUGCAUUGACAUACAUGUCGACUGGUAAUUUUCCUCUGAUGAUUGUCGGACACUCUUGUGGACAUUUCUUUGCACAUUUUAUGGGAUCAGUCAAAUGGAUGGCGGUGAUGUGGCCCCUUCAGAGAUGCAGGUUCAUUUAAAAAGGGUAGAGCUCUACAAUAUAUACUGUAUCAAGUAUAACAUUGUUAUGUAACAGCAUAUUAUUAAGUGGUAAUGUGUUUUUUUUUGUUUGGUUAAGCUGUUGUAUCAUUAAGCUUCACUCGUAAUUAAUUAGUAGAGUUGAAUGUUAUUUAACUAUGUAUUUACAUGAAGUGCUACUCAUACUAGGAGAAGCAUUCAUACAUUUUCAAAACAAAUCAAUAGUUCCUGUCUGGACUGUGUCUGAGUUUACAACGAUCCCUGUGAAUACAUUAUUUAUGUGGAUGUUUUUCUGCUGAAUGAAAAUCUGUACCGUUAUGCCUUAUUCAGCUUUCUGUUUGGUUCUAUUUGCAAAAAAAGUGAAUUGUUUUGUAGAGAAAAGUGCUUGAUCUUUAUACAUUUGUAUAUUUUUGGGUUGUUGCAGGAAACACAGUAUACAAAAAGUAUCUUAUUGUAUAGAUGUAACAACGGCUUUGUGUCCUUUUUGGAGCAAAAAUUGAAAAACUGCAACCUGUCGAUAAUGCUCCAUUUUGAAUCCAAUGAUUUGUUUUCUGUGAUCGUUCUUACAGGUGUUGUAAACAUUACCCUCAUGCUCUGUAAAUGCCAGUGAGGCCUUAUGGGAGUCUCACAUGUAAUUAGUCGGUAUGAUGACAUAUGGAUUACAGAUUGGUUCAAUGUUGAGGUGGCUCAGCAGCCUUUGACCUGGAAGCCCCUGGUGGCUGCAGGACGCUGGGGUUAACGGAGGUGGAUACAAUACAUCUAAAAUGUAAAUAUGACUGGACACAAGCACAACUUAAAGUCAGGGAUGAUAUUGGGGUUUCCAGACAACAGACACCCUGGAGGUGUAACUCAUUAAACAAUAUAGAAAUCAAUUGAUAAGGCUGCUGAUCUUUAUAUAUUAAUUAUUUUAAGAAAUAAGAUUAUAAUAAAAAUAAUAAGUAGGAUUUAUAUUGUGCCUUUCAUAUAUAUAAAUAUAUAAAUAUCCUAUAGGGACUACUUUAUUUGCAGCAGUGGAUUUGGUGUUCUACGUAUUUACAACAGCGGCACAGUGUGUGAGGGAUCAACUGAAAAUAAACUAUAUUGCUUCUUGAUUAUAAAGGAACAUGUCACCCAUUACAAAGUGCAUCUCACUCAGUGCAUCUAAUACUUUCUGGACAGUAAACGGAGCUCUAAGCACAGAGGGGUACAUUAAUCAGGCUGUAGCUACACACACACACAAACAAUAUUUAUUAGCAUCCACACAAUUUGUUGACUUUAAGUUAAAUGCAUAUCUCCAGCCUUGUCCUCAAAAUCCAACAGGCACGAACACUGACCGAACCCAAAACCAGAUGAUCACUUCACUCAGUUUUUUAAACCUCACCCUGGAGAAAGAAAAAUAAAAAAAAACAUUGUAUCAUCAUUUUCAAGGAAUGAGUUUUCAUUGAAUGCGGAUUGUGCACACUUAACUCCAUGGGUCGCAUUAGAGUGCCAGUCGAGUGCAGUCAGGAUCGGUCAAUACCCAUUUUGUUAUUAGAGAGGGAGUUAACACUUAGAUGAAACAUUCUUAAUGUCAAUGCCAGUGCAGGCUCACAG